AUGGAGAUAAUUACAGAAUUCAAGGAGCAAGGAUUGAAUACCGAAUUGUACAGCAAGAACAAAGACAGAGGGGAUACUUAUAGUAUUGUACCCACAAGUGCUAUCAGUGGUGAAGGCAUACCUGAGAUGUUGUUGCUACUUGUCCAAUGGGCUCAGAAGACAAUGAUUGAAAAACUUACAUACAACAGUGAUAUUCAGUGUGCGGUAUUGGAGGUUAAAGUGAUAGAAGACCUUGGAACAACCAUUGAUGUGGUUUUGGUUAAUGGUGUGCUUCAUGAAGGAGAUGAAAUUGUUGUUUGUGGCUUUCAGGGGUCAAUUCAUACAACAAUCCGAUCAUUGUUGACUCCUCACCUAAUGAAGGAACUCCGAGUAAAGGUGAGGAUAUGUUUGAACCUUUUUGGGCAUUUUAAAUUUGACAAUUGUUUUUCAAAUUCAUUAGUUUUGUUGAGUCUUUAUGAGUUUGUUUGUUGUUUGAUUCGGGGAGCUUACAUUCAUCAUAAAGAAAUCAAAGCUGCACAAGGGAUUGAUUUACUUACUUCAUUUCAUAGACCCUCUCUUUUACUGUCCCAUGUGGAAGAUUUCCCAAACAGAUUGAUUUGUGGUACGCUGCUGAUGGAGACACAAGAUGGAGGUGAUGUCAAAGGAGAAGUUUCUCCUCGUGACAUAGUUUACACACAGGCUGCUGGAGGUGAAGAAGACCCAAACAUCUUUCACAUGCUUGAUCUUCGCUUUGAAGGAAUAAGCUGGCGUGAUGAUUCACUUGCAUUGAUAUAUGAAGAUUCGUACUCUGACCCAUGCUGUGGAGAACUUCUUAUGGGACUUAUGUUAUUGCCAAGAGAACCCGAUAAUUCUGGAAAUUGUGAACAGAUCUUCUUAGAGCUAAUGAAAGUUCCACGUUCGGAAGCUAAACUCAUAGUUUACUCUUAUAAGUUGCAGUUUAGUACACAGGUUUCAGAACUUAGGGAUAAGCUAAACAUUGUUUAUUUAUCAGUAGAACAGAUUAGCAGUUCUGUAAAGUCGAGGAGAGUGCUGCUGACAACUUUUUCUCUUGGAAAUGCUUUCAACUAG